CUGAACACAAAUUUCGAAAUCAAAACAUUGUGUGUUUUUGUUGUUGUUGUGUAACUCCCCAACAAGAUACAAAAUUCUGGAUUACAAAUAUCUCAAAAUGGAUACUCUAUCACCACAUCACAAAAAUGCCAAGGUCAGCAACUCCAGUAGUUCUGGCUGUUCGGCAGCCUCUUCGACCACGGAUAUCAAAUCAACGCUGAAAAAUCAACGUUCUGGCGAUUCAGCAAAGCCAUCAGGAUUACGAUCCAAAUCGUUUUUGCUCUGUUUGGGCAAACAUUUGGGACGCCACUUCAGCCACAGCCAGCAUAACCAUCCGCAUCAUCAUCAUCACCAUACCUUGAGCCAUAAUGGCCAUACCAUUGUCUACAACAGCCAAGAGGAUUUGCGUAGCUCUUCAACGGAUUCCUUUUCGCUGAGCUAUGAACGCAACUCUCGUUUGGAUAGUUUGAACAAUGGCAAUGCCGGGACCUCCAGUUUGGAUUUGAGCAGCGAAGAAAUGAAUUCCCGCACCUCAUCGGCCUCGGGCUGUUCACGCCUAUCGGCCGACCAAGAAUUAGAUAUGGAAAAUUGUACCGUCAAUCAGCCACAUAUCUAUAUUGCCACCACAAUUUAUAGGGCCAGCAGUUCCUUGGAUUGUCAUGAUGACAUUGCCGACUACAGUGAGGCGGAUAGCGGCAACUCGAGCAGUGAUGAAAAUAACGAAGAGGAGGAAGUAGAGGAACACGAAGACAGGCCCCAAACGGAAAACAAUAAAAAUUGCCUAAAUGUCAAUGGUAAAAUUACACAAAAAUCUAAAUCCUCACCCGCAUCUGUGUCAAACACACCUUCCUGUUCGCUGACCACAUCCUCAUCGAAGGGUUUGCAUUUGAGCCGCUUGUCCAUUACAUCCUCAGUGAAAAGUAUGCUGCAACAUUUCUCCACGGUAUCGGGUGUUACAACGCGUUCCUUGUCCUGUUCUAGUACGCCACUGAGAAGGGUUUGGGAUACCAAGUGUCGUAAGUCCCAAACCAGUGGCUGUUCCACAAAUGCAUCCAGUAAAUCAUCAUCCUCCACAUCAUCUUCCUCCGCCUCCUCGAAUUCCAAUUCCCGCAACCAAUCUUCGAACAAGAAACCCGAAAAGAAACAACAAAGUAUACUGAGGCCACCAAUCCAUUAUGUCUAUAUGAAGGGUAUGUCUGGCCUGUACUCAAGGGUACCCAGUUAUACGGUAUGCUGUCCCUAUGGUACCCAGCAAUGGGCCUAAAUUUUAAGUUUAAAAAAUUAUUUAAUUUUUUUCUUUUUCAAUUUACCCCCACAAAAUUCUAAUAAUUUAAUUAAAAUAUAUCACCAUGACUAAUGUAGAGUUAAGUUGUUACAAACAACGCUAUUACGUGAUGCAGUGCCUCGUUUGAAAAAAAAAAAUAAGAAACAAAAACCCCAAAACACUCCCCCUCCCUUAACACACACUUUAGAGAUUAGAUCGGAUAAAGUAUGGCAAAGGGACUUUAAUAUUUUAGGGAAUUUCUUAAGAUAAACACAAAAACAUAAAAAACACAUAUAUUUUCAAAAUUCCCUAGAAAAAUUAAAAAACAACAAGACAAGGUAAAUGAGAUCAAAGAAAACCAAGUUUUCGCAAAAAAUCCCAAAAUUGCAAAAAAGAAAAAUGUUUAAGUUUAAAAAUCUAUAUAUACACCUCUAUAGCAUUAUAAGUCGGAAUAAGUAUAGCAUAUUUAAACAAAAGGCACUAUAUAGUUCAAAUUUUUCGAAAAAAAAUUGAAAAUAGCAGAAGAUUGACAAGGAAAUUAAAACAAUAGAGAAAAAAUAUAUAAACGAAAAUUCCGUAGAUAAAUAU